CAUUGGAUAGGAUAGUAGUAGCUGUAAAAAACGGUUGUUCCAGUUCUUUCACACAAUGUUCGGACUCACAGGACCAUCUGGGUUCUCAAGAUUCUCAACGGCAGAGGAAGUUACCCAUGGGAUUGACGGGUCGGGUCUUACCGCCAUUGUUACAGGAGCAUCUAGUGGCAUUGGGACCGAAACCGCACGAGUCCUUGCGCUUCGCGGGGUACAUGUAGUUAUGGCUAUUAGAAACAUGCCAGCUGGAAGAGAGGUUAAAGAAGCAAUCUUGAAGCAAAACCCGACUGCCAAAAUCGAUGCCAUGGAGCUGGAUGUAAGCUCGAUUGCAUCGGUAAACAGUUUUGUAUCGGAUUACAAGUCAUCGGGUCUUCCACUUAAUAUCCUUAUCAAUAAUGCAGGCAUUUUGGCGCCACCGUAUAUGCUUUCGAAAGACAACAUGGAGCUGCAAUUUGCAACUAAUCAUGUCGGCCAUUUUCAUUUGACAAAUCUUUUACUAGAUACCAUGAAAAGAACCGCACACGAAAGUAGUAAAGAAGGAAGGAUUGUGAAUGUGUCAUCACGCAGGCACCAGUUAUCUUAUCCUGAAGGAAUUCGCUUUGACCAGAUUAACAGUCAAUCUGAGUACAACGCGUUAUCUGCGUACGGUCAGUCAAAGUUGGCAAAUGUUCUCCAUGCUAAUGAGCUUGCGAGACGCUUAAAGAAUGAUGGAGCAGAUAUAACCGCAAACUCGGCUAAUCCUGGAGCAAUCCCCACCAAUAUAUUCCGCCAUCAUAGCUUUUUUAGCGGCCUUGCUAGCAUAUUUGGUAGAUUCGUGCUUAAAAACGUACAGCAGAACGUAUUUGCAGGGAGCCGCAACUACAUGCUAUGUAGCAUUGCACCCAAAGGUUAAAGGAAUCAGCGGCAAGUAUUUUUCAAAUUGCAAUCUCGAUGCAACAAGCUCACAAGCUAACGAUGCACAACUAGCCGAAAAGUUGUGGAAUUUCACCGAGAAUUUGAUCAAGGAAAACCAUCCCGGUUCUCGUUAAGAUUAUCAAGAUUUAAACCUGUUUAAGGCCACCUGCCAGGAGCAAGCUUCAAUUUGCCUGAUCCCAUUUGUUUGCAGGGUCUUGGCGGGUCCCGUGACAUUUCCAAGACAGAUUCUCAUCGCUACCAAUAAAAAGAUUAUUAAGAUUUUGAGAUUCUUAUGUUAAAAUGUUUAAUGCCAAGUUGAAACUUUUGUUGAUCAUAUUAGAGGAUUCAAGUCAAUUGUUAGUUUGUUUGAUAUUAAAAGUCGAAACAAGAUGUUAUUUCAAUAAUUA